AUUCUGAAAAAAAAAAAUAAGUUCUUGCUUUAUAUUUGACUCCAAGUAUUUCUGUAUGUGAUUUUGCUUCUGGGAUUAAUUAAAAUGUUAUUGGUUGCAUAAAAAAUUGAUUAAAUGUGACGAGACUUGCUUUUGGUAAUUUUCUGAAUGUAUUAUGAACGCUCAGCCGAUCUUAAGCGGCAUCGGCAAAUCCAACACGAUCAUUGCCCAUAUCGAAUUCAGUGUAAUAACGUCCAAUGAAUACAUCUCCCAAAAUCCAAAGUGGACCGUUUGGUGGUGGUAUAUCAAUUCCCAUGAAACCAGACAAACAAAUUGUUUUUCCCAUUUGAUUGAUACGCAAUACAUAAUCAAUUCCCUUCAAUUCGAAACGUUUGCCACCCAAAACAAAGCCAAUGGUUGGUAAAUUUGGUAUUGCGUCACAACCGACAAUAUAUUGUCCAUUAACAAUUGGUGUUCCACCGAUAGCGCGAUUAAUAUUGGUAAUUUCUUCAACUGGGCCAGCAAUCAAACUGGUGCCAGUAUCAGCAAUUGCUUGACAACCACCAUCACAGAAUUUCUUAUCGCCAACAGUAACCGAAUCCAUUUGGAAUUGCCAGUAUGCUUUACGAUUGACUGGUACAUAUGUGAAAUCUCCUUUGUAAUGUGCUGGAUCUGAUCCACCGAAAAUAAUUUCACCACCUUCUUUACCCGAUGGAUCACGAUCUAUCGAAAAGAAAUAACGAAAUGUUUGGUUUUUUUUAUCGAAAUUGAUAUGAUAAUAUUAUUGAUUAGCCAAUGAUGCGGCUUCAUUUAUGGCUUACUUAAAUAGAAUGAGAACACUGGAUCUUUGAUUAAACCCUGACUGUACAAAUUGUAGAAUGGUGGCACAACACGAUCAACGGAAAUCGAACCAUAUCCCAAACCAAGAAUGCCAUCAAAUUUAGCCGCAACAAAUACCAAACCGGGUUCAUUGAUUGCCUCAGCAAAUGUUUGAUCUUUCACUUUCAAACCGCCAAUCUGUAAAUUAUGAAAAAUUGGAAUUAUGUAUAUUUUUUUUCUUCUUCUUCUUUCAAUUUGAUAUGGUUAUAUUGCGGAUUCAUUUAUCGCUUACGUCAAGAACAUCCGUUGAUAGAUAACCGGAAAGGCUACCCGAUCCAUAUUGAAUAGAAAAUUGUGUUCCAUUUGCUUUGUAGGUUGAUGAGGAUUUUGCAUUGUAUUUAUUGUGUGUCAAACAUGCAAUGUUGGUAAAUUUACAAUUCUUCGAUGGAACCCAUAGAUUUGAUGAGCCCGUAUCAAAGACAACUUUGAAUUUUUGCGGUGGAGUACCAAUCGAGAUUUCACCAUAAUAUUGAGCCUGAUUUUAAAAUUCAAAACGAAAAAAAAAAAAUUAAUGUGAACAACUUGUAUAAAAAUAAAAAGAAAAAUGAUAAACGAAUUUAAAUGAUUUUUCGAUGUUGUUUUUUUUCUACAUACGUCUAGAUAAUUUGAGAGCGGUUCCGGUGUAGGACCUCUGAGAUUUUUGUAUUUCAAUCGCAAUUGUGUGAUUUCGGUGCCGACACGAUGAAAGAAAUUGCGCGGCGUUUCAAAUUUCUCUACAGGAAUUCUACCAAAAUAGAAAAUAAAACAUAUUGUAACACUUGAUAAGAUGAACAAUUAGUUUUGAAAACAGAAUAUAACAACAAUAUCAACAAAUCCCAAUAUCCAAUGCACUGUUGUGUCAUUCGUUGAUAUUUUUGCUCAUGAACUAAUUAUAAUUUUCAUACAUGUAAUUCAAUGAGUCAGACCACACCAAUUGUCAUUUGUUUACUGAUAUCGUAUAUUGCUCUAUAAGCCAAUAAUAAGCGAUAUGGUGAUUCGCCAAUAAAAGUAAAUAAAUGUAAGUAAAAUUUUAUUUUUCAUUUAUGGAUCAUUGGCUACUUGGCGUUGAUAGCCAUAAUCACAGCACACUUAAAAAAAAGAGUAUGAAUGUAUAUGAUGGAGAUAAAUGUUUCAUGCACUAAAAGAAAUAAAAUGAAUAGAUAAAAGAUAAUCUAUCUUAUUUAAAAACAGGUCAUUCCGGUCAAAAUAGUUUACAAACAAAUCGUCCGUAACGAUAUGAACGAAAAAAAAAAUACAUUAAAAUUAUUAUGUCCGUAUAAAUUGACUUUGGUUUGGCAAAUGUUCAAAGCCACACUUAUAUAGAAUAUUCCGCAUUUUCUUGUCUUGUAAUUAACGACACACCAUAGAGAGAAAAAAAGUUCCAUUUUCAUGGAAGCCAUACAUAAUUAGUGGAAAUGGUAAGCGAAAAAGUUAUAUAAUAAAUAUCGUAAAAAUUUAAAUUAUGAAAUAGUGAGAGAGGCGACUUAUUAUUCAAAUAGAACGCAUUAAAUGUCUUUUCUCUCGUUCUUUUUUAUGGUACAAAGAAGAGUGUGUAUGAACAAAAUACAAAAAUAAACAAUAAUCGUGUGACUCAACACUUACCGAAUCAAUCCAUUUGAUUGGUCUGCGUUAGCUGUCGUCCAUAAUAAAAGGCACAAAAACAAAAUGUUUUUUCCAAACACCAUUCUGAAAAUAUUUUCUGUAAAAUAGAAACGUAAUUUAUUUUAUUUGUUUGUUGUCGUUGUUGUCGUUUUAAUUAUAAAUGAGUAUGAGAACGUGCAAAAUAGCAACUGUUAGUACAGCCGAUAUAGACAAGAAUUAAAAUCUAAUUUAACGUAGUUGGUUCGUUCGAAAAAAUAUAUAUUUAUUUCUAUUUGUGCUUGACUCUUCUUUGUUAUUUGUCGUCGGCUUCACUUACCGUUCGGUCCAAAGUGUAUUGUAGAUCUGAAAUUUUGAAAUGUAAUCAUUAUUGACAGCGUCAACACAAUAAGAUAUGUAUAUGUGUGAAAUAAUACCAAAAAAUUGACCAGUGGCGCCACCGGCCAGCACAUUUAUCAAUCACAUUGUGACAUGAGACAAUUGUCACGCAUAAAUGGCAAAUUUAUGCAGUCGUUGUAAUCGUUUAAUCGUUUUGGUUUUCUUUUUUGGUUCAUCUGCCAAAUUGCAUGUGUUUAUUUUUACAAAAUGAAUGCAUGGCCUGUUCGUUAAACACAAACACGCACACGCACACUGUGUCUCAUCAACAAUAUGCACGAAAUAGAUGUUUAUUUAUAUUCGGCGUAUAGAUUAACUGAAACAAAGUAAACAGUUUGGAUGGUUUUGUGUGAGACUCUUAAAAACAAUUGGUGAAUUGAGAAGAAUAAGAAAGACGUGAGACACAAAUAUUAAGCACAAAAAAGGCGACAAAAUGAAGCGUGUGGUUUUACUAAAAUCGGAAAGUGAUAGUGUCGACAACUAUACAACGUUGUUACAGGCGCACAAUUUUGAACCAAUUUUUGUGCCAACGCUGGAAUUUCGCUUCAAAUUUUUGGACAAACUACGCGAAAAAUUACAAGCACCCGAUAUGUAUUCGGGCAUUGUGUUCACCAGUCCACGAAGUGUGGAAGCCUGUGAGGUGGCAUUAAGUGAAGUGGGCAUUAAAUUGCCUGAAAAAUGGAGCAAGUUACAUAACUAUUGUGUUGGUGAAGUGACGCAUAAUUUGAUUCAUGUGGCACUUGAUUUAAAUGCACGCGGCAAACAUACGGGUAAUUCAAACAAUUUGGCUGAUUUUAUUUUUGAAAAUUUAGAAGGCGCUCGUCUACAAUAUCCGUUCAUUUUUCCAUGCGGAAAUUUGCGACAGGAUACGCUACAGCUAAAAUUAAUGGACUAUGGAUAUUAUUUGGAUGCGAUUGAGGUGUAUGAAACUGUUGCGCACAGUGACCUUGAAUCGAAUCUCAAGCAAGCAUUGAUCGAUGACAAAGCCGAAUAUUUGGCAUUUUUCAGCCCAUCGGGUGUUAACUAUACAACCGCAAUUCUACGAAAAUUAGACGUAAAUUUAGCUAAUUAUAAACUAAUUGCCAUCGGACCGAGCACACGCAAGUGCCUCGAAACAAAUGGUUUUAAAGUGUAUAAAACGGCCGAAAAACCAUCUGUCGAAUAUCUGGUCAAAGCACUAUUAGAAUCAUAGUUGUUGUUGUUGAUUUUUUCUGUUCUCAUUUAUACUGCAUGCUUUUCAUUUAUCGCAAUAUAUUUAUAUACCAUCCCAAAGCGCAAGGGAACAAAUAAUAAGAAAAUAAAAAAAACACAAGAAUUUUGAUUGUUAUGCCAAAUAGUUUGAUGAUGAUCCUUAAUACAUGCUCAAAUCAAACACAAUUCUUUUAAAAAGUUAUUAUUAAGAUUUUUGUUCAGAUUAAAUCUAAUAUCCUUUAUUUAACUCCUUUAUUCAUUUGAAAGUUUUUUUUUUACAUUGAAUAAACAUUAUAUGGGACUGUUGAAACAAAA